CGACGAACUUAUUCUCAUAUACGUGUUUCGUACUCUACUGCUCCAAAUACAGGAUGAUCGGGCAAUUGUUCGAGUUCGAGAAUUUCAAUUUUAAAUGAUAGGUUUACAGACGCAGGAUGAAAAAGCAUGCCCAAGUUCACCUUCUCCGUAAGUUCGAGAAGCUGAAAACCCCCAGUUGAUAUCAGAGUGUACUAAAAUGGAGAACUCGAAAAAUCUUCACGACAUUGCGCAAUCCGCAUACGAAGCAUCGCAAAUCGCAAGACAAACCCUAAUUCAAAAGGAGAAUUUCAAGAAAUUCUCAUCUUUCUUAGAGAGACUAUCAUUUUCCCUAAAAGAAUCCUCCAAAUUCGACGCGGUGAGAGAUUCCGAAACCCUAAACAGAGCAAUCGAGAAUCUCAAAGCCGAGAUCGAAACUGCCAAGCAACUUGGCACUGAGUGCGCCGAAGGAAACAGAAUUUACCUCCUCCUAAAUUGCAAGAAAAUUGCGGGCGAGUUGGACAAGACUAGCAAGAACAUUAGCCAGGCUUUGAUCCCCUUUACUUCAGGAUCUUUCGAAUUAGAAUCAAACAACAUCCUUGCAAAUCUGUGCAAGAACAUGUCAGAUACUCAGUACCAAGUUUCUGCUAUUGAACAAGAAAUCCUGCAGAAAAUCGAAACAGGGAUAGAAGAUAGAAGAAUCGACCGUUCGUACGCAAGCAAUUUGCUUGUUCAUAUAGCCGAAUCUCUCGGUAUUUCUUGUGAAUCAUCUGAAUUAAAAAUGGAAUUCGAAAGAUUCAAAAAAGAAAUUGAAAAUAUCGAAUCCAGUACAGAGGCUUUGCGUAUGGAGCAGAUAAUCCGACUCCUUAGUAAUGCAGACAUGGUCACAACUCCAAAGGAGAAGGAGAUUAAAUAUCUGACGAAACGGAUAUCGCUAGGCAGGCAUCUUUUAGAACCUCUGCCGUCUUUUUACUGCCCGAUAAAAUUAGAUAUAAUGGAGGAUCCAGUCGAGACGCCAGCUGGACAUACAUUCGAGAGGGCGGCGAUCGAGAAGUGGCUGAUGUCAGCGGAAGGUAACAGCCUCUGUCCAAUGACGAAAAUGCCCCUGAGCAGAUCUUCACUGCGGCCGAACAGAGUUCUCCGGCAGUCCAUUGAGGAGUGGAGAAAUCGAAACAUCAUGAUUAGUAUAGCUUCGAUGAAACCUGAGAUACAGUCGAAUGAUGAGCUGGAAGUGCUUCGUUGUCUGAAUAAGCUGAGAGAUUUGUGCGAGACGAGUCAGAUGCAUAGAGAAUGGAUAGUUAUGGAGGAUUAUAUACCGAUUGUUGCAGGUCUUCUUUCUGCGAAGACGAGUGAGUUUAGAGUACGCUCUUUGGCUGUUCUUUACUAUCUUGCAAAGGAUAGUGAUGAUAAUAAGGAGAGGAUUGUUAAAGAAAAUGACAGCAUCGUAUACAUCGUUCGUUCGCUUGCGCGUAAAGUUGAAGAAAGUUUGUCAGCGCUGCAGUUGCUCUUGGAACUAUCAAGAAUUACACAUAUCAAAACCCUAAUUGGGGGUACACAGGGUUGCAUACUUCUGCUUGUCACUUUGGCAAACAGUGACGACCCUCAAGCUUCGAAAUACGCACAAGAGGUUUUGAAGAAUCUAGCUUUUGUUGAUACGAACAUUAUACAAAUGGCAAGGGCAAAAUUCUUCAAACCCUUAUUGCAUCGUCUUUGCGAAGGACCUGUAAGCAUACAAAUAACAAUGGCGGAUACCUUAGCCGAGGUUGAGCUAACCGAUCAUAACAAACUGUGCCUUUUUAGAGACGGGGCAUUACAUCCGCUUCUUCAGAUGCUUCGAAAUAGUGAUAUAGAUGUAAAAGCCGCAGCUGUUAAAGCUCUACAGAAUCUCUCCGGGGUAGCACAAAACGGUCUUCGAUUGAUUAAAGAAGGGGCGAAAGAAUCAUUGUUCGAGCUUCUCUUUUGUCACUCUUUAUCAUCGUCAUCAUCCAAAUUGCGCGAACAGGUGGCGAGAACUGUCAUGCACUUGGCCAUGUCCACAACUUCCUCGGAAGCUUCCGAAGAGCAGAUUUCACUUGUCGAAACCGAAGAAGAUAUUUUCAAGCUGUUUUCUCUUAUCUCGUACAGUGGGCCCGAUAUGCAAGAAACCCUUCUCCUCACAUUCCUCGCCUUGUGCAAAUCGCCUACCGGUUCCCAAAUCAGGAAUGAUUUGAGACAGAUAUCUGCUGUUAAAGUACUGGUCCAAUUAUGUGAACUGGAUGAUCUCUCAGUGAGGGCAGCUGCUGUGAAAUUGCUGUACCGUUUAACGCAAGAUGGGGACCACACAACUUUCUUGGACCAUGUGAACAAGAAAUGCACUGAAAAUAUCGUUAAAAUAAUCGAAACUUCGAAAAACGAAGAGGAGGCAGCUGCAGCAAUGGGUGUAAUCUCUCACCUCCCUCGAAACCUCCAGAUAUCCGAGCACCUCCUAGACUCAGGGGGACUCGAAGUCAUUUUCGAUUGUCUAAAUUACAAAAACACCCACACCCCUCACGUAAAGGAGCUAGUCGAAAACGCAGCCGAAGCCCUAUCCCGUUUCACCGUAUCAACCAAUCCCAUGUGGCAGAAGAGAGUAGCCGAAGCAGGAAUGAUCCCUGUUCUUGUGAAACUACUAUCCACAGGACCUCCUCUUGCUAAAUCACAUGCAGCAGUUUCAUUAAAGCAGUUUUCAGAAAGUUCUGGAAGCUUGAGCUCGCCCGUGAAAAUGGGAGGUGUUCUAGGGUGUUGCUUCGGUUCACCUCCGGCGAACGUAUGUCAGAUACAUGGCGGCGUUUGCAGCACUGAGUCAUCGUUCUGCCUCUUGGAGGCCGGAGCUGUGGGUCCCCUUGUGGCGGUUUUAGGAGAGAGUGAUGAUUUAAGGGUUUGUGAAGCUUCUUUGGAUGCGAUUUUGACGUUGAUUGAUGGGGUGCAGCUGCAGAGUGGGUGCAAGGUUCUUGAUGAAGGUGGUGCAUUGGUCCAGAUGAUUAAGAUAUUGAACUGUUCUUGCACCAAUGAACUGCAGGAGAAAAUGUUAGGGGCACUGCAGAGGAUAUUUAGACUCGUGGAGUAUAAAACGAAAUACGGGAAAUCAGCGCAGAUGUCGCUCGUGGAUAUUACUCAGAGAGGGAGCAGUGGCGCGAAAUCUUUGGCUGCGAAAAUACUGGUCCAGUUGAAUGUUCUGAAUGAGCAGUCUACCUUUUUUUGAUGGAGAUGUGUGAAAAGGUUUAGUAAUUAUUAUAAUUAUUAUUGCAUUUAUUUGUCUUGUACAUAUGAUUGGAUUGAAUUUAUUUCAAAAACUUACAGUUGAAACAAAAGGGAAACUUACAGUUGUUAA